GCCCGGCCGGCCUCUGCCCGCCUCUGCCCGGCGCCCGAGCGGGGCCGCAGCGCCCGGGGCGCGGGGUCCGGCGGGUGACAUGGGGGCGGCCUGACGCACCCGGAGCCGCCGAGCGCUCUCUCUAGAGCCGCGGGCCCUCCUCGGCGGCAGCGGCUGCAGGCGCCUGGCCCGGCGCGCUGUGCCCGGGGCGCCCGCGGAGCCUCCGCCGCGCUCUAUGCGCCUCUGCGGGAGCCGCGGGCCCGGGCCAUGGCCAUAGACCGGCGGCGCGAGGCGGCGGGCGGCGGGCCUGGGCGGCAGCCGGCCCCGGCCGAGGAGAACGGCUCCCUGCCGCCCGGGGACGCGGCGGCCUCGGCGCCCCUCGGGGGACGCGCGGGCCCCGGCGGCGGCGCGGAGAUCCAGCCGCUGCCCCCACUGCAUCCUGGAGGCGGCCCGCACCCGAGCUGCUGCUCGGCGGCUGCGGCCCCGAGCCUCUUGUUGCUGGACUAUGACGGGUCGGUGCUGCCCUUCCUCGGGGGCCUGGGCGGGGGCUAUCAGAAGACCCUCGUGCUGCUCACCUGGAUCCCGGCGCUGUUCAUCGGCUUCAGCCAGUUCUCGGACUCGUUCCUCCUGGACCAGCCCAACUUCUGGUGCCGCGGGGCCGGCAAAGGCACCGAGCUGGCAGGGGUCACCACCACAGGCCGGGGCGGGGACAUGGGCAACUGGACCAGCCUCCCCACCACCCCCUUCGCCACUGCCCCCUGGGAGGCUGCGGGCAACCGGAGCAACAGCAGCGGCGCGGACGGAGGCGACACACCACCCCUGCCAUCCCCUCCGGACAAGGGGGACAACGCCUCCAACUGUGACUGCCACGCAUGGGACUACGGCAUUCGCGCCGGCCUCGUCCAGAACGUGGUCAGCAAGUGGGAUCUUGUGUGUGAUAAUGCCUGGAAGGUCCAUAUCGCUAAGUUCUCCUUACUGGUUGGAUUAAUCUUUGGCUACCUAAUAACUGGAUGCAUUGCUGACUGGAAUAGAGCUGUGCCCCCCUGGAAAACGGUUCAUGAUUACGAUGGUGGCGAGCUUCGUGGCCAUGGCGGGCCAGUUCCUCAUGCCCGGGCUAGCCGCCCUGUGCCGGGACUGGCAGGUGCUGCAGGCCCUCAUCAUCUGCCCCUUCCUGCUCAUGCUGCUCUACUGGUCGUGAGUACCCUCUGCACAGCGCCCUGGGCUGGUGCGACUGCACAUGCUUCCUGAAGGCCCAGCCCCGGGCAGGACACACGAUCCCCACACUUCCCACUAGUUGCAGCUUGUGGUUCUGUCUGAGAAGGUUUUCCUUUUUAAAAAAUUUUAUUGUUUAAACUUUCUGUCUUGGAAAACUGCUCAAAUAUACACAAAAAUAGAAGAGUGGAAUGAGCCCAUCACCCAGCUCCAAAAAUCUGCAAAUCCACUGGCCAGUCUGGCUCACCCCUUCUUGCUACCCACCCCACGGGGUUAUUCUGACAUGAAUUUUUAUGAAUGGAUUGCAGGGAGGUGGAGGGGGGAGUUUGGAGAUAUUAAAGGAGUGAUUUACAAAAGUCCCCCUAUCUCUUCUAGGCGAGGGGUGGGCAACCUUCAGCCUGUGGGCCACAUCAGGCCCACUGUCUGUUUUUGUAAAUAAAGUUUUAUUCGAACACAGCCAUGCUUGUGUGUUUACAUAGGUAUUACCUGUGGCUGCUUUCUGGCUAUUCACAGAGUUGAGUGGAUGCAGCAGGAUGAUAUGGUAUAAAGCUGAAAAUAUUUACUAUCUGGUCCUUUACAAAAAAUAGCUUGCCCACCCCUGCUCAAUAUCAGUCUAAUAUGCCUUUUUGAACUAUGGGUAACCUUAAGUCUUUUGACCUGCUAGCUUUGCCGGCGGUACGGGGGGAACACUAAGCACACUGGUAAAGGGGGUUUGACCUGGGCAACUGGGUUUUUUUAAAAACGCUCCAGGGAAUUUAUGUUGAGUCAAGACUAAAAAACACUGCUCCACGGAUAGAGAGAUGUUGACCCUAAAAAUGAUACUUUUACCUUUUUAUAAAUGCUGUUUUUCUUCCUGUCCCUUCCUUCCCAUCCCCCUCCAUGCUGAUACUCUCACCUUACCCAUAAGUAGAUCAUGGAUGUGGCCCUGUAUUGCUACUGUUUAGUCAACAAUGAAAACCAAAUUUCUGGCCGCGCAGUCAGUCUUGUCCUUGCUUUAAGGGUUCACUGGAGCUGAGCUUCCUUUGCUCAGGUGCCCGGGAGGGAAGAAAGCACCUACCUUUUGGCUUAGUGGUACUGCCCCCCGCCCCUGCCCUGGUAGUAGAUGUACCGCGAGGGUGCAGGUGCGGUUUCCCCGAGAACCUGGUUCUUGCUCACUGUGUCAUGAGGACCUCGGCAGCAGCAGGGGGCCAGCAAUAGCAGAUGGGAAAAGGCCACCUGCCAGAGAGGCCACUCAGCAGCCACCGCUGCCCGAACUGAUCUCCUCUGCCGGGGCCGCCUCCAGCUCUUGUCCCGAAGUUGGAUGUCCAAACCCCUCCCGCAGCACAACCGUGUUCCAGGACAGCCCUUGUGCCCCAACAGGGCCUUAAGGAGCGGAGAAUGAGCAAUAGUUUCCCUGGAGAAGGAUGGAGUGGGCAGCUCUCUUCCUUCUAUCUCCUAAGGAAGUCUUUCUGCCCACUCCCUUGUGGCAGCCUUCGCUGGGCUUAGCUGUUUCGGAGUUCAAGGGUGCUGAUUUAUCUCACAAAUGCUUCUCUGUGCUUCCCACUGUACCAGGCACAGACGGCAAGCACUUUGCGAUAGUAAAUGGUUCCACCCUCAUAUCUCAGCAGCCCAUCCUAUAGAGGACAGAACUGCGGUCCCCUGACCCCCGCUGACUCACGUCAGAGCCUGGACCUGAAGCGGCCGACUCUUGCCACACCUGGCUCCUGUCUUCCCCUGCCUGGCCCCUAUUCCUUGUUUGCUCUUUAGAGAUACAGUACUCCAAAGCACCAAGUAGGCUGCCGGGCACCCUGGUGCAUGCAAUAAAUACUUGCUCAUUAAAGGAAAACAAGCAACUUUCAAUAUUUUGCCACCAAAAGCUGGUCAUGCUGGCUGGUGCUACAGCUCACCCCCUCUCCCCAGCAGGCCCCUGUCUUCCCUCAGCUUCCAUCUCAUGUCCCUACCCCAGCAGAUUCUCUCUGCCACUUCCUCUGCCACUGGCCUGCACCAGUGUUCUCUCCUAGGCUAGGAGAACAGGGCACAGCCUCUUGGCGACCCAUACUCCUGAGAAGAGAGGUCAGACAGGGUUGUUUCCCUCACCCCAGGCUCUGCUCCCACCUGUCCCAGGCAGGAGGACACCUGACAAGGGAGAAGAGGCAGAGAAGGUCUUUCCAGGGCAGCUCCAGUUAUGCAGGGCUGACCCAUGUGAGAAGGGCCGGGUUUUUGUUUUGUUUUUUUUUAUUUUAGAAACAUAUUGAGGUUUAGUGAUAGGCAAGGUAAGGCAUUCAUUUAUUUAAAAAUAUUCUAAAACCUCAGGAAAAUUCUUUGAAAUAUACAGUUUUAAAAACAAAUUAUAUAGCUUUUGAAAAGACAUCCAGGGACUUGCAGAAGUAAAUGUGUGUGCAUGUGUGUGUGUGUGUAUGUGUACGUGUGUGCAUGUGUGUGCAUGUGUGUGCGUGUAUGUGUACGUGUGUGCACGUGUGUGCAUGAGGAUGGCGGUCCCAAGGUGCUCUGCUUCCCGCUUACAGCUCCAGCUCUGCAGUCUGGGUAGAGCUGGCCCAGUGACUGGCUGUGCUGCCUCCAGCCUGCCUCACACCUCUCUGAGCCUGCAUUGUCUCAUGUCUGUAAAAAGUGGGUCAUAAUAGUUCUUAUUUCAUGGGGUUGUUUUGAAGACUGAAAUAACGCAUGGAAAAGAUAUGCAUGGAGGGGCAGUCUGAAGGGAGGCUCGGACACAGAGCCUGGACCUCUGCCACUUAGUAGCUGUGUGACCCUGAGCAAGUCGCUUAAUCUCUCUUUGCCUCAGGUUCACCAGCUGUGCGUCAUUGUGGUCAAUAAUGGGGUUGGGAGGAAUCAGUGAAUUAAUGUAUGAGACAUUUAGAACAGUGCCUGUCACCUAGUGCCAUAUGUAUAUUAACUGCCAUGAUAAUCAUAAUUAUUUACACAUUUAUAUUACUAUUAAGGUGCUUAGUACAUGUCUGCUCUAUAAGUACUCAUGAAUAUUAAAUAUUAGUCACUGCUAUUAUUAUUAUUGCAUCCUCUUAAUAUAUAUAUAGGAGUCUGGGUGUAAUGGGGCAGGUUAAAAAAUGGGUGGUGAGAAAUGUAAACCACCUUUGCCUACCAGCCUUGGAAGCCUCCACUAGAAUUAUUGGCUUUAAAAGCCAGUAAUUGCCUACCCUUUCUUAUUGUCUUCCUCCCAUCUGCUGCAGUGGGCUCUGUUGUUUGACAGGAUUUGAAGUGGCCCGCUGUGGAGAGGGGGUGAGCUGUAGCACCAGCCAGCAUGACCAGCUGUUGGUAGCAACAUAUUGAAAGUUGCUUGCUUUCCUUUAAUGAGCAAGUAUUUAUUGCAUGCACCAGGGUGCCCAGCAGCGUACUUGGUGCUUUGGAGUGCUGUAUCUCUGAGGAGCAGACAGGGGAGCAUGUACCUUAACAAGGACUGGAAACCAAGCUGCUCGAGGCACGGUCCCCAAGGGGCGGCUUCUUGGGGUAGGGGCAGUAAAGACAAAUGUGUGGGGACUGGCCAGAAGGGAUCUUCUGGUCGAGAUGGUAGACUGAACAGACAGAGAUCCCUCCAUACACACAUAUAAAUGCUGAUUAAAAUACAGCAUUUUUUAGAAGUACGACACUGAGCUCCAGGGAAAGAAGGGGAAGUUCCCAGGCAUCAAACCAAGGAGGGAAUCCCAGCAGGAGCAGACACAGAGGCAGCUCCCAGGGCAUCUGAACCAGAGAGAAGCAUGAGGACCCUGGGUUUCAACACCUGCCCGGGGGCUAGAGCUGAGCUCCCAGGCCUCUGAUGCCGUGAGAACUGAGCUCCUUCAGUCAAGCCAGGAGUCAAAACUGUCAAUGGCCACAGGACUGGGAGAUCUUUGCCUGCCACAGGGACUCAGCCCAGAGCUGGCGGACUGCCUUGGACUGUGGGCAGAAGAAGAUUCACCCAAAGAAAUUGGAGCCUUGAAGUCUGCACCACGCAGGACUGUGUGUUCCAAAUUCCACCUGCUCCCUGAGGCUGAGAUAUCAAUGUGAGAACCAGGGAAGCUCAUUGGACCCCUCAGGGUCCAAAACACAGCCUCCCACAGAGGCAUCCAGGACUCACAUGAAGAAAAUUCUCUUUAAAGAUGAGCUCACAGGCAAAGGUCACAGCUCCACGGGGAACCCACUAUGAGGGCCCAAACCUACAGACUGGGGAGUGUGCAUCUCAGGAACUGUAGAAAAUAGAGGAAUCUGAAAGGGCAGUGGAGGGAGCUGGUAUUUGUUAAGCAGCCACACUGCCUUAUGCUGAUGCUGUUGCUGGUCCAGGUAUUCUAGAUACAUCUCCAGAGCAAGCCCCCGAUCUCCUGAAAGCACGUUGCGGGGCAGAGGCGGGUGGAAGCCUGAAGAACCCACACACACAUGAGGAACAUGCUUUUAAAUAGUGCUACGUACCAAGUAGGGUGGUCAGGAGAGACCCCUCUGAGGGGCUGCUGUUUGUGCUGAGGCCUAAAUGUUCAGAAAGAGGAAGUCACACAAACUUCUGGGCGGAAAAGUGUUCUAGACAAAGGGGAUCAGCCAAGGCAAAAGCUGGCUUCUGCUCGGCUUCUCCUGGAACCGGGAGAGGAAGGUCAGCAUGGCUGGAGCAUGGUGGACAAGAGGGGACAGAAGUGACUUGGAAAGGCAGGUGGGGUCAGACCCUAUGGGGUCUGAGGAGCACGGGCUUAUUCUACAAAGACAUAAAGAUGCACUGGAGGGUCUUAAGCAGGGGAAUCCUGUGUCCUGGAUUGUGCUCUGUGAGGACCCAUCUGUCUGCUUCGUGGAGAAGGCGUAGAGCCGGGUGAGGGCCAGGACAGAGGCAGCGCACACACUGGGCUGUGUGACAUCCUGGUGCCUGCACUGGGGAAGGCUGGGUGUCACCUGCAGAGGGCUGAUUCGAGAGAUGCUUUGAGAGUGGCCCUGGUGAGACUUGCUGAUGGAUCUGAGGUGACUCUCAAAGGUGAGAGAAGAGGCAGUGAUGGCAGCUGGGUCCGUUUCCUGAGAUGGGGAGGCCAGAGCUUUAAGAAACAUGGAAGCUCAGGAGGGCUGGAGGCUGAAGUCCUGUCCUGCUAUCCUACUGUGGUGGGUGACAGGAUGAGGUGACCAGGAGACUUGACUGAGGCUGCAGCCUGUGUUAAGAUGUGGGUUUUAUUAUUAUCCAGGUAUAGUGAGGUCAGCAGGCCAGGAGACAAUUGCCAUUGAAAGAUCAUUUAUUACUCUCAGUUCCCAGGAGGAAGGGGUACAUGGGGCCACACAGGGCCUCCUGGGAAGCACUGGGGUGGGCCAGGAGGCAGACAGGGAGGCAAAAACGUGGGCAGGAGCCUUUAUUGUGGUUUCUGCGGGAGCAGCAGGUGAGGCAGGGUGUGCAGGAUGAGUUUUGGUAGUUUGAUCAUUUCUGCAGUGCAUGGGCAUAGGGCUGUCCCUAGGUGUCUGGAAGCUGGCCCCGGGGUGACUGGGGCAGGCGGAUGGUGGCCCACGUGUGAGAGCCCGACACAGGAAGUGGUUGGGGUAUCGGCUCUGGAUGGGUUGGUUUGUGUGUGAAAAGUACACUUGCAGGUGAAUCUUUUACUCUGUCUAGGAAUUAGCGAACCCUGGGAGGAGCAGCCUCUCUGGAAUCAGCAAGGCUCCAGAUGUUAAAACAUUAGGAAAUACAGAAAAUACAAAGGCUUGGUUAAUAUGCAGCAGCCGCAGGGUUGCAGAGUUCUGGAAUGAAGUGACCCCCAGGGUGGAGACGCUGGCCAGGAAAAGGUGGCAGCAGCGGCAGCAGCAUGAUGCACCCAGAGACUGGACAGGGACUUGGCAGGGGGUGCAGUGAGCACAGGAGUCUCUGGUGAUGCAAGGAAGAUGGGACACAUGAAUGAUUUAUGCUCCAGCAAGUGGAGCCAAGAUAGGCGAGCGAUGUCAUUGCAUGAGCUGCCUGGGGAUGCUUAUAAUAUGUUGAGCCUUCUGGGCCAUGGCAGGAUCGGCUGGGCUUUAGGUGAAGGAAGAGCUGCGGCAGCUGGUGGCCAGAGAAUGGGAGGGUGCGCUCGCCUGGUCCUCUCGUGUGGUUUGCAGAGUCAAACUUGAGCACUUAGUUGUGAAGCAGGAGCGGCAGAAGAAAGAGCCCUUGUGAGUGUUUUUCACCUGAAAGUAGACGCCGUCAAAGCGCUGGGUGAUUGCACUGAUGGACGCAGAUGCCUGAAGAGAAAUGCAUCUUUAGUCAUUUUGCUCAGGCAUUGAUUGUCACUCGGUAAAGAGCAGCAGGGAUUUAGCGCUCAUCUAGAAGGAAGUCAUACCGACUGAUCCUUCUUCCAGAAGAAACAUGAAAUCCUUCCAGGGUCACAGCCAACAACGAGGGGUUGGCAGGGAAGAUGCAAGAUCCAAACCACAAGAAGAAGGGAGUAUCUAGGAGCAUCUAGGAGGAAUUCUGCUUAGAUGCGCUAGGAAGAUAGGUGGCAGGAGGUGCCAGAAUGGAAGAGGGAGCUGGGUGCAAGAGCUGCUGCUCCGAAAUUGUGCACACUGCGGAAAGGUGCCCCUUCCAGGUGGCCACAGCCUGCACUGGGCACAUGGCUUAAUGACAGAGCUCCUUCCUCAGCUGGGAGCCCUUGUGCAAGACACAGCCUGGUCUUGUGUUUGGGGGUCCAGGUCUACGUUACGUUAGAACAUCCUAGAAAACCGCAGCAUGGAAGAUCAGGAAGGUAAUAUGUGGGACAGGGUGACAUCAAGUUUCCUGCGUGGGAAUUCACUAUUGAGGAAUGACAAGGGAGGGAGAAGGCUGUUGGAGAGGCUGCCAUGUGGUGUUUAUCUCAAGUGGCUUGGAAGAAGUCACAGGGAGUAAGGACUUCUGGAGAUAGUGGAGAUGUGAGCGCCACUCUCCCAAAACGUUGGUGCAUGCCAUCACCAUUCCUCAUCAGGUAAAUUAAGGGUACUGAGUACACAUGAUCAUUGAUAACACAAAAUUUGCAGCUGGGCAUGGUGGCUCAUGGCUGAGGCAGGAAGAUCACGUGAGCACAGCAGUUCAAGAUAAGCCUGGGCAACAAAGGGAGACCCCAUCUCUACCAAAAAUUUAAAAAAUUAGCCACACAUGGUAGCACGCGCCUAUAUCCCAGCUACUCAGGAGGCUGAGGUGAGAGGAUCACUUGAGCUCAGGAGUUCAAGGCUGCAGUGAACUAUGAUUGCACCACUUCACGGCAGCCUGGGUGACAGAGCAAGACCCUAUCUCUUAAAAAACAAUGUGCUCGUCUGCUCUAAGAGUAGAUGCAGAAUUUUGAUGCUAGUUCGACAAGCUCCCCAGUGAGGGCUCUCAGCCCAACAUGUGAGUGCUUAAAUGUUUUCUAGGGGUGGAGGUGUCAUCGUAAGCAAGGCAGACAGUCCCGCCCUCAUGGAACAGUGGGGCAAAGAAAGAAAACAUUGCACUUGGACAUCUUAUGCCUCCCUGGUGGCAGACACAUGGACUGUGACAUUUGCUGAUUGUGUCUUCACAUUUUAGAAAUGUGCUUUUCUUCAGAUCAGCUGCACGCUUCUUACGUGUGAAAACGUGUUAACCAUAGUACUCUUGAAUUCCUUAGCUCUUCCUGGAUCCAAGGAACCAGAGGUUGGUGGAGUUGGUGGAUUUAUUCCUAUUUGUAGGUGGGGGAACCAAUAAAUGAAAAAACCUUCACCAAAUCACUCACAAAUGUGGGAAAAGCAUUCAAAACAGGUUUUCAAAUGUCAGUGGUUCUCAAAGUGCAGUCCCUGGGCCAGCAGCAUCAGCAUCACUUGGGAACUUGCUAGAAAUACGGAUCUCAGGCCCAGCCCCCGCCCCAGGCCUGCUGAAUAAAAACGCCUGUGGUGGGCCUGGCAGCGUGUGUUUUAAGAAGGCCUCCAGAGAUGCCGCUGAGCCCUGCUGUUUGGGAAGCACACAGAGGACCUAACAUACUUUGAAAAAGGAUGAUAAGAAGUUGCAAAAGAAGAUCCUGUGAGUCAGCUGCAUUGGACACACACUUUUCUUUUCUUUUUUUUUUUUUUUUUUUUUGAGACGGAUUCUCACUCUGUCGCCCAGGCUGGAGUGCAGUGGCAUGAUCUCAGCUCACUGCAAGCUCUGCCUCCUGGGUUCACACCAUUCUCCUGCCUCAGCCUCCUAAGUAGCUGGGACUACAGGUGCCCACCACCACGCCUGGCUAAUUUUUUGUAUUUUUAGGAGAGACGGGGUUUCACCAUGUUAGCCAGGAUGGUCUGGAUCUCUGACCUAGUGAUCCGCCCGCCUCGGCCUCCCAAAGUGCUGGGAUUACAUGCGUGAGCCACCAUGCCCAGCCGAACACACACUUUUCAUACAUGAAAUAGGGUUCGAGACCGUGUAGUGAAAUGAAACAGAUGCCAUCCUCGAAGGGCCUGUGAGAUCUGAUGGUCCUGUCCAGUUCCACGAUGCAAACAGAUAGCUUGACCAUCUCGGACAGCAGAAGUCAUCAGUAUUCUUGGAAGCGAUGAAAGCAAGUAAAACAAACUUGGUCCUGGCUCUACGCAUUUCCUCUGCACUGUGGGGACACGCACGCGUUUGUGGAGUCUUCAGUCACGGCAGUGUUCCAGGUUCAUGAGAAGGGAAGGCUUCCCCAGCCUGCUCCCCCGACCUCCCUGCAGGCACAGAUGGGGCAUCUUGCUGGCAAAGUGCUUUCCACACCCAAUUCCAUCCCUCCAACCCUGCAGGAAGUGAGCGUGUGCAGUUUUUUUGCACUUUUCCCCAAGACUUUUAAUCAGGUGCACACCUAGUAGAAAAAUAUUCUCACCUCGAGCCCACCUAAUGUGUGUGUUUUGCAUGAAACGCCUAGAGAUAGAAACGCAAAGGGCUGAAUGUGUGAAGCUGGUGAAUUAGAGGAAAGAUCUGCUGGCAAUCAGCGUGAUCAUCAAAAGCAUCUGGGAAAGCAAUAAGAUGAUAAUAAACAGUAUGGGAAAUAAGGAGGAAAUUAGAGAAGGAUCACGCUGCACUGCAUAACAUUGGAGAGUAAGGAACAGAACCGAUUCCCCAAAUGAGGAGGUAAACCCUAGCGUGGAGGACGUGAGAUUGUGCUGCUGUAAAGGACACUGGCCGGGAGAAGACACUCCAGAGGCUGGCCGUGCAGAAACCCUUAGAAAAAAACAGACAUGCUACAAGGAGUUUUAUUUUUUUAAUUUCAAGAGGAAAGCUAUUAUAAAACAUUUUAAUGGCCUCAGGUUAAAUAAAUGCCUCAUUUAAAAAAAAAUUCCAAUAUGUAAAUAGCCCUAAUUUUUUGGCUCUUUUAAAUAUCAUUAAAAAUAUUUUGGUCAGAGUAAUACUGAUUUUUAGCAUCUCUUGAGGGUUUGUUUCUUAAACCCUGCUAAGCACUUUACAUAACUUAGCACCCUAAAUCUUCCUGAAGACCCUGUGAGAGACCCAGGAUGGCCUCCAGUGCAGAUGACGAAACUGAGGCACACAGAGAUGUGGUGUUGCUGAGGCCCCAUGGCUAGUAAGUGGGGCUGGGGUCUGGAUUCCAGCAGGUGGACUCCAGAGCCACAGGGACUACCACCUCCUGCUCAGCCCAGUCACACAUGCUGAGCCGGGGUUCUGUGGCCCAGGGACCCGGAAUGCCGGGCAAGCAGAGGGCCCUGGGCUGCUGAGAGCAGCAUUUACUUGGCAGAGCUACACUUCUGUCCUGGGAGGAAUCCUCCAUGCUCUCUUUUUUAUUUAAGUACAUUGUUUAACAUUGACAAAAAGAGUUCUUAAAAUUAUUGGGGUAUCAGUACCUGCCCUGAUAAGGGCUCAAUAAAAAUGGGUUAAGCUGAUCAAUUAAGUUUUCUUCUUGUUAUCGUUGAAAUGACUUUUAAAAGACCAUUUAAGAAUUUUUUUUGAGACAGAGUUCUGCUCUUAUUGCGCAGGCUGGAGUGCAAUGGCACAAUCUCGGCUCACUACAACCUCCACCUCUUGGGUUCAAGCAAUUCUCCUGCCUCAGCCUCCCCUGUAGCUGGGAUUACAGGCAUGCGCCACCACGCCCAGCUAAUUCUGUGGAGACAGAGUUCUUCAGCAGAGACAGGGUUUCUCCAUGUUUGUCAGGCUGGUCUCGAACUCCCAGCCUCAGGUGAUCCACCCACCUUGGCCUCCCAAAAUGCUGGGAUUACAAGCAUGAGCCACCGCACCCGGCCAAGAAUUUUUAUACAUACAUAAUCCAGGAGGUAUCAGCCUUUUUUUCUUGCCCAAAUACAAGAAACAACAACUUGACAGACACAACAACUUCCUCUAUUAAAAACAGUUUUAUUUCAAAAGGGGGGCAAAAUUCUGCAUUAUACAAAGAGACUCUAUUACAGAUAAAAUAAGUGCUGUGGGUUCCCUACAUGAGAGGAGGGAAACUGAACUCAGUUACAGCAACAAUUAAGCAUGCGAGAAAAUGCUCUCCUCAAAGGAAAACGGAAGAGGUGCAUCAUGAAAACCAUGCCGUCUCCGGGAGCUUGAAUCAAUAGGCAAUAAUUAUUUUUACAAGUUAUCCAAUAAUCAAUUUGAGAGAUCAAUAGGAAACAUAAAAAAAAUUUCUUGGUCAAAUCUUUUCUGCCUACAAACUAUCUAGAUGGGAGACAGAUGAGGCAACACUGACAAAAGGCAGAUGUGGAAGUAAAAUGGUAACCCAUAUUUCAGUCAUAAAAAUGGAGCAAUUAAAAGUGAGAUUCCAAUGCUUUCUGUAAGUGGGUAUUCUGGGAUUUGCUGAUGGCAUGGAAGUUUAGGGAGCCCUCAGGCAACACUCCACAGAGAUUGUGUAAGACAAUAGGAACCCCUGCGUCAACACAAAUGCCUGCAAGUAGAAGCGGAGAGACUCCUGCGAGGGGGAAGUGAGCACUGAGCCUCUGCUCUGGAGGCCAGUGUGGCUGUCCCUGGGGCCAGCCUUCGCCCUUCCUGCCUCAUGCUAAGAUGUGCCCCAAGAGUCCAUCUCACCACCUGCUCCCACCGGGAAGCUGGGGUUGCUCCAGGCCAGUUUGAGAUGCACUGCAGCUUUCAAACAGGCAGAGCGCAGGCAGCAUGCAUCUGUGUGUGCAUGUGUGCACAUGUACAGAUGUGCACGUGUGUGCACUUUGUGGGGUGGUGGGGCUGGGCUGUUGGCAACUGACAGAGACCAAGUGAGUGGGCCUCUGGUGACAGGUGUCCGGGGUCAGUUGCUAGGGUGUUGCCAUUGCUGGCGUCUGGCAAACAUCCACAUGGUGGUUGGAAUGAGGACAAGGGGACCCAGCCGCCCAUCUGCUUGGCCCUAAGGACUCUGGCAGACCACAUGGCCAGUACUAAAGAGUGGCAGUCCUGAGUGCGAUCGGGACAGCCUCACUCAGCCAUCAGAAUUGGCUAAGGUGUCGUGACUUGUUUCAUUAGGAGGUGAGGCUGCUAACAUAGAGGUGUGGAUAAAAUUCUGCUUAGGAGCAGAAGCGAGAGAGUGCCCUUGUUCCUCUGCCUACUUACCUCCUCACACUGUUUUACAACAUCAGACUUUUUAAAAGUCAUUUGCCAAAUUAAUCCCCCUACCACGUUGUAUUUCGAAGGCUCUGUGUGCCUUAUAUUUUCUGCAGCCUGAUAAUUGCUUCUACGGAUAAAUGAGUGAAAGGUGCAGACAGAGGGAGAAGGUUAACCCAGCCACAUGGAAGGUUAUAGAUUGUAGGUGAACCUGCAACUGGACUCCAAGUAUUCAUCCACUUAUAAUAUGAAUUAAGGGAUGUUUUAAAUGUAUGCCAAUUGUUAUACCUUCGGAGUUGGUUAAUCAUGAAAAGUCUGACUCCAAAGUUGUCUUAGGCACUGACUUCAUUUGGUCUGGCAAAAACCUAAAGCAGCAUAAGCUCAUUUAUUCAGUGUGUUGUCAGGAGCAGCAUCUUCUUCACCUUCCGGAAGGAGGCAACAGUGAGCGUUAGCCCUAAGUCUAGAUGGAGAGUGUUGAAGCCAGGCAAGACCUUGGUGCCGUUCCACACCCCGGUCUACAGAUGUGGGGAAACUGAGGCCCGAAGGAAUAAGGUGACUUGCCCAGGGCUACAAAAUUGGCACACAAACCCAGGGCUCCCAAGAGAUUUCCACCAUAAUUUUUCUAGAGCAGAAUUUUGGAGCCUCAGUGUAUAUCACUUUGAAAGACAAAAGAGACACAAGGUUCUGAGCUUUUGUAACAGAUAAAUUAGCAGCAUAGUCAUUUAAAUUAUGAAUGCACUUUUUCUCCCAAGAGAUUUUCAAGGAAUUCAUUUGCCUUAGGAAAACCUUGGGGUCUAACCAUCCUCAGAGCCAAUCUUUAUUCGAUUUCAUGAUACUCAUCCCAUCUCUCGAAAGUCUGAAGUUUAAUGAAAGCCACCUUAUUGUUUUAAUACCAAACAGAACUAACGUUUAAAAAAUCCAAGUGGAAGAUUAUGUACAGAAUCCAAGCUUAUAUUUUGUGCAAAAGUUCCGAGCCAGAAACUAAAGAUACUCCCCAAACUGGUACUUAAUUCAACUUUAGCCUUUAUUAUUUUUUUAGAAUCUCUUCAGAAUCUCAUAAUACUCUGAUACGUGGCAACACCCCAAAGCGUCAGUGGCUAGAAUCACCCCUUUAGAUCAGAAGCACCCUCACUGCAGCCUACAGCCCUUCUCACAUCACAUUCAGGGAAACCUUAUCUUCACGAUGCCUUUUGAGAUUCUCCUCCCUCCCCCAGUCCCUGCUCUGUGUCCCCCACUCUUUGAUGGGAAGGCCUAUUUGAUAGAAGCUCCUCCUUUAUUAGGCAUUUAUUAAUUUACACGUUUUUGCCCCAACUAGACAGUGAGCUCCUUGGGGCCCGACACGGUGUGUGUUUCAUCUCCAGGCCAGCCCGUCCA